CGUGUGCGUAAUUUCCCCAAACAUUCCUGGACUGAAACCAGAAGCGGGAUAAAGUUGGAAAACUCUGGCUACUCGGGACUUUAACCAAUGUGGCUUCUUGGAUCAACUUCCCAAAUGAUGAUGAUGAUGGAUGAGUCUACCUCCGCGCGCUCCGUGCAGAGUCCGGGGAACAACCCGUCCACUGUCCACAGCAUCGAGGCCAUACUGGGCUUCAAGGAGGACAUCCUCUUCCAUAAGUCCUCCUCUUGCUCCGUGAUGGAAAAAGUCAGAGACGCGGAGCGCGGCCGGAAUGAGGUUGUGACCCAAAGGAAGAAAGGUCACUUCUCAGAAACUUGUGACAGUGCGUGCUGCUGCGGCAGCGGCGCCGGUGAGCCCUCUGUGGGCCCGGAUUCACCGGACCGGGACGGGAAACUGUCCGACGAUGAAAGCCACAAGAAGAAACACCGCCGGAACCGAACCACCUUCACAACCUUCCAGCUCCACGAACUGGAGCGGGCUUUUGAGAAGUCCCACUACCCGGAUGUGUACAGCAGAGAGGAGCUGGCCCUGAAGGUCAACCUGCCAGAGGUUCGAGUCCAGGUGUGGUUCCAAAACCGUCGAGCCAAGUGGCGUCGCCAGGAGAAGUUGGAGGUGGGCUCCAUUAAGCUGCAGGACACCCCAUCCUCCUCCCUGCUCUCCUUCAGCCGAUCCUCCACCAGCUGCCUGGCCUCCGGGCUUCAACUGGACCCCUGGCUCUCCACCCCGAUCACCUCCUCUGCCUCCCUGCAGUCGCUGCCAGGCUUCAUAAGCAGCUCACACAGCCUCCCAGGCACAUACGCUGCUUCCCCACCUCCUCCACCUCCUCCUCCAUCCAUACCUCCCUCCUUGCCGGCCUCUUUCUUCAGCUCCCCAGUCUUGGGACACAGUCCUCACCUGCCCCACAUCAGCUCCAUAUGCCCCCCACCCCCACCAUACCAGUGCUCUGUUAACCCCAGGAACUCCAGCAUUGCCUGUCUGAGGAUGAAGGCUAAGGAACACAUUCAGUCUAUUGGAAAGUCGUGGUGAUUCUGAGUGGAGCUUUAAAUGGACACGUUGAAUUUUCCCAGGAAACUUUAUCAUCCUGCAGAUGCGAUGGUCAGAUCUGGAAUUUGCCUUUAAAGAAACGACUUUGAGAAUUCCUGAAAACACACCAGAGAACCCGUGAGACGCUUCAUAAAAACCCUGUAAAUUAUAAUAAAUUAAAACCUGUUAUCUUGUGUGUCUUUUAUUUACAAUCUCUGUAAUUUGUUUUGCUCUGUUUCUUCUUUGUGUCCCAUAAAACAACAUAUUAAUAUUA